AGUCAGAAGCGAAAUCAGUGUCAGUUUGAAGCUGACUCGUGUCUGCAGCACUUUGAAAAUGGCUUCUUUAUUCAAGUCACUAUCACUGAUUCAAAUCGCCACGUGUCUCCUGACAGUUUUUGCAGUUUUCUGUUGCCUCGCAGAAGCUCACACCUCCUUAGCUUCUGGUUACACCGAGUACACAGAUGAAAAGGUAGCCUACAAAAUUCACGCAGACCCGAAAACUUGGCUGGAGGCAAAGCAAGUAUGCGCGGAAGAAGGAGGCAGCCUGGCAUUCAUAGAUACUCGUAAAAAGAUUCGAUUUCUGGGGUCCAAGAAGAGUCAAGGUGUUCAACUUUGGGUUGGCAUAUCAAGAACGUCACCGUCGACAGAUUGGUCGAGAGUCGACUGCGAUGACACAUUGUAUUACCUUCCGUGGGCUCCGUACGAACCCUCAAACUCGCAGAACUGCGUUGCCAUCAAAGGUUGCAGCGCAGGAUUAUCCAGUCAGAACUGUUUCGACCGAAAAGCUUUCGUCUGCGAAAAGAGAGUGUGAGAACCAGUGAUAGUACUAUUGUGUAUAAAUAUUGCUCGCAAAAUGAGUACCAAGCUAGGUACCAAGUGUAAUAAGCUAUAGAUCGAUAUCCAAGCUCAGGCAAUCUAAUAAAGGUCAGAAUAACCAAA